AUGGCCCAGCUGCUCCUGCAGCAGGGCAAGGUCUCCCAGGCCCUGAAGUACUUCCAGCGCGCCGCCGAGCUCGCCCGCACAGAGGGCGAGAUCAUCAACGCCAUCUCCUACGCUGAGGCCACCCGCACCCAGCUCGAGGUGCAGGAGAAGUACCCGGCGCUGGCCGCACGUCUGACGGCGAUGGGCGCCAGCGGCAUGGGAGGAGCCCGGGGGUGUGUUGUACGCCGGUCCCUCUUGUUCUCUUCGUCUCUUGCUUCUCUCAUCCUCUCUCGUCAUUUCCUCUUCGUGCCUGAGCCACCGAAGCACUCAGGUUCAUAUUGCUUUGGCUUCGACGCAUCCUGGUUGUUGCAAGCUCUUCCCCGGGUGAAACACCCAGACCCGCCGUUACUUCCUUAUCGGCCCUUAUCGGCCCUCUCAUACUUGCCUCAUCUGCCUGAGCUUCCGGGCUUUAUGCUCGCUCGAUUCCCUGGGAGCGGCGACACCCGGACUCUCCCUGCUGCUAUCUAA